AUGUGUCUUAUUCCAGAUGUUGAGGAUGAGAAAAUGAUGAACGUUAUACGUAUUUUGGGAUUUCUACUCUUGUCAUCAUUCGCAUUGCUUUUCUUUCAAGUAAAUGGUUAUAAAGAAGCGGAGAACUACAUUUUGUUUAUUGCUCCACCUGAACGUGGCCAUUUAAAUCCAGUUCUCGAGUUAGCCAAACAGCUAGCAUUCAGUGGAACUGAUAAAAACAUGGAAAUACUUGUGAGUGUACCAUCGUAUGCCGAUGUCAAUGUUUCGUCAUGGAUAACCGACGAAGGACUUAAUUAUCUCGAUGGUGGUGUUGCUCAUGAUGUGACUCUCGACGAUAUGCAUCAGUUCUCUUUAAUGGAUUCUCAACAUAUAGGAAAUUAUCUCACGUUUAUAUCUCGUAUGGCUGAUCUUUUUCACAGUUUCAAUCGUGCUGCCUAUGAAACCUUAUUACCUAUUCUUCGACAAAAACGUUCCAAGCCUCGCGUGAUUAUUUUCGACUUAAAUAUGCUAUGGGCCAUUGAUUUAGCCGAAGAACUCGGUUCGGUACCAGCCAUUGUUGUUUGUCCAUUUCUUGUCGAUGCUCUCAAUCUGCCUAGUAUGACACCCCAAUGGCAUACUCCAUCUUAUAUUGUACCGUAUUCACCAACAACAUUUCUUGGUCGUUUACAAUUAUUUUUCUAUCGUUCAAUCAUCUUACCAUAUCAAAGUUAUUUCAUCUUUUCUCAAGUUUACCAGCGUGAUUUCAAUUAUGAAUAUUUGAUAAAAAAACAUUAUCUCAGUGUGUUCGUUAACACAGCACCACCUUUUGAAAUACCACGGUCUACAAUCAAUCCAGCCAUUCAUUUCUUAGGUCCAUUUUCUUAUUCACAACGUUUACAACCAAUCGAGUCGAACCUACUUGCAUGGCUAGAUAAUAUUGUCCAAAACAACGACACACUGAUCUACAUCAGUCUGGGUUCUAUUGGUAUGCUCACUCAAGAACAGUCUAAUAAACUUAUUUCGGCAUUUCAUAAGUUAAUCGCAACCAAGUAUGCCUCACAAAUUCAUGUUUUGUGGGCACGAGGUAAUAUUCUACAAAGCAAUGAUAGUCGUUUCCGUCUCGAAGGUUUUGUACCUCAGAAAACGAUCUUAUCACAUGCUGCCAUGCAACAAGAACGUUCGAUUUACAUCAAUCAUUGUGGAAUGAGUUCGAUGCAUGAGUCAAUCAUGUUUGGCAUCCCACAAGUUGCCUUUCCUCUCUUUCUCGAUCAGCAUCAAGUCGCCAAACGUAGCGUCGAAUUACAAAUGAGCUUGUACAUUGAUAAAAAUCAUUUUACAUCCGAUGAAUUGAUUGAUAAGAUUCAUCAUAUUCUGAAUCAUCCGGAGAUUUAUCGUCGAAAUACACGACGAAUCGCUGAUGCAUUUCGUCUCAAUGGAAAUGGUCUACAGCGUGCUCAAAACAUUAUUGAAUAUAUGAGUAAAUACGGACGUGAUAUGGAAAAGCAGCUCUUGCCUUAUGACAGUCAGAUGAAUUGGUUAGAGAAACACUCUGUCGAUAUCUUCAUUUGUUUUCUUUUGUUUAUUUUUAUGCUAAUUAUCUUUAUACGAUUUAUUUGGAAAAAAUUGAUAUUUACUCGUAAGAGAAAAACAGAAUAA